UCAUAGCUGGAACAGAUGACAGUCUUGGAGAAUCAGGUCCUGAAGUAGAGGUCAUGACCUUAACUAAUGAUGGCUUGCAGCCAGCAAAUGUCACAGUGAAGGCAUUGAAUACAUCAAUUAUCCAGCUAGACUGGGAGGCUCCAAGUAGCAUAUCUCACAUGUACAUACGAGGGUAUAAUGUGUACACAAGGCGUGAAGGGGAGGACAGGACAGAGAAACUGUUUGUACGAGGCAGCAGGAGUAAACAGUUUCUUAUUGGACUUGGACGAGAUGAUACAUAUUAUUUGAAAAUCUCAACUUUAAUGACUUGGGGAUAUGAAGCACAUUCUCCCUGGAUUCGCAUUCAAAAGCCAUCAGAGGGUAUUUAUUGCAUUGGCUACAAAAUCGUUUAUGGGCCAUUAGAUGAUCCACUUAAUAUCAGUAGAGCAACACUGGAGGCUGACAUGAAGAAGCAUAUUAUUACUGGUUUAAUGCCCUCCACAAAAUACAUCAUUUCUAUUCGAGCCUACAAUAACAUCGGAGAUGGAGAACCUGUCUACACUAGAACCCUAACACAAGCCAGUCCUCCAAGCAUGGUCCAGAAUGCAGUAGCUCGACCUGUGUCUUCUACGGAAAUACACGUCCAGUGGGACCCUCCUAAACGAGGUCUAGUAACACAGUAUCACAUUCGCUACUGGCGACCUGGCCAUAAAGACAAACAGAGUGCCUGGUUGGCUGGGAACUUCCAGAAUUAUGUGGCAGGAAGUUUAAGAAAAAGAAGCAAUUACAGGUUUGAGAUCAUCCCUUACCAUGGAGAGUUGCUGGGUGAGGGCAUUGUAAUAUUCUCUCAGACAUAUGGAGACAAGCCUGACGGUCCUCCUACAGAUGUCUCCAUACACAGCCAUAACUCUAGUGCACUUAUAGCAACAUGGAAACCUCCCGAUCCAGAAAAGUCAAAUGGGGACAUUACUGAGUACAAGCUUGUACUGCGGGCUAAAGGAGGAUCAAGAAUCACAAGUUUUACAGUACCAGGGACAGCUAGAAGUUACAUUUUCUUGAAUAUACCGUCAUCAAGAACAUAUAAGUUUCGGAUGGCUGCCAUGACAGUUAAUGGAACAGGAGUUUAUUCCCCUUGGAUCGACUGUGCAGUGUCAUCACACUAUCUUGUAUUGCAUAUUUCAGGGUCCCCUGUUCAUGGAUACAUUGUUGGAUAUGGACAGUUUAUUCCUGAGGUCUACAAACAAAUUUUAACUGCUUCACAGACGACUUUCACAAUCAAAUCACUGAAACCAGAUUCAGAAUACAUCACAAGUGUAAGAGCUUUCAAUCACAUUGGAGAGAGCUCACCAGCAUUCAGCAUUGUCAGGACAAGAACAACACCAUUGAUCACCGGCCUGCUUGCUCCAGUUAAACUUGUGGUUCAGUCAGCAAGUCCCACUUCACUUCUUCUCUCAUGGGUGGACCCUGGUCUCAAUGGAAAUCAGAAGAAAUCAGAUGGACGGGCUUAUCUUAUAAGAUUCUCACCUCUCACUGGGGAGACAUACAGCUAUGUAAACACCAGCAGCCUUCACCUUGAGUUGUCUAACCUUGAACCUGCCACUAAGUAUGAAGUUUCAGUGAAGGUUGUGAGGGGCAAUAAUUCAAGUUCAUGGAGUUUACCGGUUGUCAACUCCACUCAACAGAUCGCUCCAAGUUCAGCCCCCAAAAACAUUAUUGUAUCCCCACUUCCUCGCAGCCCAUCCCUAAUCUCUUUGAGGUGGUCCCCACCUAGCUCUCCAAAUGGUAAAAUUGAAGAAUACAUAAUAUAUUUAACCUCUGACCCCACACUGGACACAAAACUGUGGGUAGUAAUGAGAACAGAUAAACAGCAAGUGAAGAUAACUGACAUCAUCCCCCAUACAACGUACUACUUCAAACUGCAGGCAAGAAACCAAGCAGGUUAUGGGCCCUUGAGUGAAACUGUUGCCUACAACCCCCCUACAGAUAUCAGAGCUGCACCAACAAACGUAACAGUGACUGGUCUCUAUGGCAACAUGUCAAGAACUGUAAAGGUUUCCUGGUCAGUGCCUCAAGUUAUCAUGGAUCAGAUUACAGGAUACAUGGUGUAUUAUACUGACAACAUUCACGAAGAUGCUGACUGGCUGGUUCAAGCAGAGAGAGGACUGGACACAGUAAUUGCCGGACUUGACUACAAUAAAACCUACUACUUUAAGGUACAAGCUCGAUACUCUGCUGCAUAUGGACUCUUCAGUAAAACAGCUUCAUAUAUUACAGAGCCACCAACAAUGGAAACAUCCUCUACAGUGCAUUCGGAUGGUGCAAUCAAACAGAGAAGCACCAGCAACCGAGGUGGUGAUGAUAACAGUGUUAAUGAUGAAGAGAAUGCCUCCUUUGAGGGUAACACCAGCAGCCAAGAUAUCAAUGCAACCGUCAGUGACGGCAGUGUCAACAAUAACAUCACUGACAAGAACACUGAGGAAAGCACUAGAAAGAACACUGAAGACAGUACUGACAGCAGCAGCACUGUCCUUACACAUCAAAACAUCACCUCAGACUACGAUGAUGUUGACUACGAAGGUCUUAAAUUUGAUGAUGACAAUGAAGGGAACUUUUCUGACAGUGAAAACAUUUAUGACAAUGCUGAAAAUGACAAACACAGUGAAAAUUAUGGGGAGGAUUACAGUGAAAGUUCAUUCGAAGAUAAUCUGAGUGUUUUCUCUGCUACCAACUUGACAUCAAAUGUUGCAAGUAUUCCGAAGGGUCAUUUUGAUUCUAAUAGUGAGGAAGAUCAAGACCAACUUGAUAAUGUUGAUAGCGAGACAACAAAUAUUGCAUAUGAAUAUUCCAAUACUUUUAACAACACAUCCAACAUUAGAAACUUGAAUUCAAGUCUUGGAUACACUUUAGAGAAAAUUGGCAUAAUUGAUGUACCAGAUGUUAAUGGAAACAGCAGCAAGGAUGCAGAUACAGCAGACAAAUCAUUUCAGCUGGACUAA